AUGCUUUGCUCCCUCUUGAGCGCCGUUUUGAGUUUUAUCAAUCCGUUAUGUAUGAGAGGACUGCUUGCCUAUAUUGAAAAAUCAUCCGAACCUACCUUUACGCCAUGGGUAUACGUUGGCGCUCUCUUUUUCGAACCUUUGAUCAAUGCGGCAGUCGGCGCGACUCAAUCUUUAGUCUCUUCACGUUUGGUACUUCAUGUAGAGGCAGCUGUCUCCCAAAGUAUCAUGCAAAAGACAUUAAAGAUCCGCAUCACGGAUUUCAAAGAAACCAAAGAGGGAGAUGGAAACGAAGAGGGCGAUAACCAGGAUGCUGUUCAGCCGGCAAUAGGAAAAAUUACCCAGUUGAUCAAUUCUGAUGUUUCUCGAUUGAUAAAUGCAAGUUCUGUGCUGAAUCUUGUUGCAUCUACUCCAAUAGGAAUUAUCUUUACCGUCAUACUCCUCUAUGAUCUUUUAGGUUGGGCUAGUUUUGUCGGUGAAGGUUUAGUCAUCGUGACAAUGAUACUGCCUGGAAUGAUGCUAAGAUAUUACCACAAGCUUUUGAGGCAACAGCGGAAAGCUGUAGAUGCAAGGAUUGGGCUGAUGACAGAAGCACUUGGGUCCAUUAGGAUUAUUAAAUUCUUUGGUAUGGAGAGGCCUCGUGCAAUAUAUGAUACCGACGAUGAGCAUGGUUCUAUCACUACAACUGUUCAAACUGUUCUGGAAUCUGCUGUAUCGUUUGACCGUAUUGACAAAUUCUUGACUGGAGGAGAACUUCAACAUAAUGACCAUAUUAACCCAACCGCCGAGCUGAUAAAGAACGCGCCCUUUUAUAAAGAUGCGACUUUAUCCUGGGCAUUACCCGGUUCCAGGACUGAUAACAAUUUCAGGCUUUCGAACAUGAAUGUGGAAUGCGUUUAUGGCGGCCUUACUGUAAUCUCUGGGCCUGUAGGAUCUGGUAAAAGUUCGUUUUUGCUAGGCCUUUUGGGAGAGAUGAGGUUGUUGAAUGGCAAUGCAUAUCUUCCUCGAAAUGAAGGCGUGGCCUAUGUGGCUCAGUCCACUUGGCUCCAAAACAAGACGAUUCGCGAUAACAUCCUUUUUGGAGAGCAGUAUGAAGAGAAGAGAUACAACGCCGUCCUGGAGGCAUGUGAUUUAUCAGUAGACUUGAGUAAAUAUGAGGAUGGCGAUCUUACAGAGGCUAGCGUUACACUGAGUGGUGGACAAAAAGCUCGAUUAUCAUUGGCGAGAGCUGUUUAUUCUCCCGCUCAAACACUACUUCUUGACGAUGUGCUAUCAGCACUAGACGCGGCGACUAGUAGAAUAGUUUUCGACAAGUGUAUCAAUGGAGGAGUUUUAGCUGGUAGAACUGUUGUUCUAGUGACUCACCACGUGUCGCUGGUAUCUUCAUAUGCAAAGAAGAUAGUAGUCCUUGCGGACGGAAAGAUCAUUUCAGAUGGCCUUCCGCAAAAUAUUCCUCUCAGUGCAAUCAACGUUAUACCAAAUAUUGAGCAUGACUUCGGACAUUCGGACCAAGAGUCUGAUCCUACAACACAAGCAUUCCAAGAUAAAGUUGUUAAAACGGCCCCAGAAGUGAACGGAAAAAAUCUUCCCAAACUUGUGAAAGAUGAGGACCGGGCAAAGGGCAAGGUUCCAAUAAUGCUUAUAUGGGAUUAUAUAAAAAGUCUCGGGUCACCUAUUGUCUUGGUCUACCUGGUGGCAACGAGUGUUUUGAUGGAGUUUGCAUUCGUGGGGAGCUCUCUAUUCCUCGCAGUCUGGUCAGAUCAAUACUCAAAACCUGGGGACGUAAAUGUGAAUUUGUGGCUUGGAAUGUAUUCUAUGACUACGUUUGGUGUGAUAAUAUCUUUCUUCAUCACAUACGUUUCAUGGUUCUUCGAUACUACCCCUGUAGGAAGGAUACUAGGACGCCUAUCCGGUGAUAUAUAUUCUAUCGAUUGGAUCCUAGGACUGCCUUGUUUGACUGCGAUCCUAAUUGGGACAGCCUGCCGAGAAUUUUACCUCCGCACUAAGAUAAGUGUGAAUAGAAUAUAUUCUAUCCAAGCAGCCCCUGUGAUAUCUCAUCUGCAUGAUACUGUCUCUGGAGUUGUAACUAUCCGUGCAUAUAAUUGCCAACGGCGCUUUCUUGAUGAAAACCUGAAGAAGCUCGAUGAUUUCAAUCAAGUCAAAUGGACUCUCAAUGCCCUUGGCUUGUGGAUGACCAUUAGGAGCACAGCUUGCACCGCAAUGAUCAGUGCAGCAGCAGGUUUCUUGGCAAUUAGCACGACUGGUUAUACCGCGGGUUUGAUUGGGUUUAGCAUGAACAAUUGUCUUUCGUUUUCCUCUUCGGUACUCUCAGCAGUCAGUGACUUCAAUAGGCUGCAAGUGGAGCUUAAUUCGUACGACCGCGUCGUUAAAUAUAUUAAAUCUGAGCAAGAGAAACAACCAAUACCAGAGCAUGAACCAUCAGCAGCAUGGCCAACUCAGGGUGAUGUCAAGAUUAUCAAUCUCUCGGUCAAGUACUCUACGGACGGCCCAGAAGUACUUAACAAAGUCAGUUUUGACGUCAAAUCACGCGAAAGGAGGAAGGUCGGUAUUGUUGGGAGGACUGGAGCCGGAAAGAGCAGUCUAGCGUUAAGUUUGUUAAGAUUUACCGAGAUCUCUAAUGGUAGUAUUACCAUUGAUGGUCUGGAUAUCACGAAAGUAAAUCUUGAGUCUCUCCGGCAGCGCAUCACAAUUAUUCCUCAAGAUCCCAUUAUGUUUUCUGGUACAGUUCGCGAUAAUCUGGACCCCUAUCAUGAAAUUGAUGAUACAGAACUUCAAGCAGCUUUGGAGAGUAGUGGAUUAGUUGGAAUUACAAACAACGCUAGUAAUACAAGUGUCUCAGACGCCUCAACUACCACAUCAGAAGCAACAGAGCCGAGAACUAAGCAAAUCGGUCUCGACUCUCCAGUCACAUCUGGCGGAGAUAAUCUUUCUCAGGGACAACGGCAGUUGCUCGCAUUUGCCAGGGCACUAGUCAGACGGUCCAAGUUGGUGAUUUUAGAUGAGGCUACGAGUUCUACAGACAUGGAGACGGAUGAGAGAAUCCAACAGACCCUGCGAACUAGUUUCCCGGACUCCUCUAUAAUAACCAUUGCCCAUAGACUUCGCACAGUGAUGUCGUUUGACAGGAUUAUUGUCCUUGACAACCUGGGUAAAGGCGGGGAGGUAGUGGAAUGUGAUACCCCGUUCAAUUUACUACGGCGCCCUGGUGGUGUUCUGUACGACCUGGCUCGCAAAAGUGGAGAAUUUGAAGAGCUUCUAGAGCUGGCUACCAAAGGCAAAGCCCUGUACACAAACGGGGAAUAA